AUGUCUGAGAAAGAAAUUCCCUCGACGACAUUUUUAAAAUGCAUGGAAAAUAAAUUAGAUCCAGAAAAGGACUUAAUUUAUGACACCGAUGGCUACGUCAGGGUGACAGCUGACGGGGCUUGCUCCAAAAAUGGCGAUAUAAAUGCCAUAGCUGGAAUUGGAAUCUGUUUCGCUCCAGACUCCAAAAUGAACAUUUCUGAAAGAAUUGUCAAUAAGCAUUAUGCCACUUCUAACAAUUUGGCAGAAUUAAUGGCGAUUCAUGUGGCACUUAGAGUACUAAAAGCGAAUAAUAUUAAAAAAGUAAAACUUUUGAGUGACAGCAAUUAUGCUGUAAAAGCUCUAAAUUAUAGCAUAUCAACAUGGCAAACGAAUAACUGGAAAAAUGCUAAAAACAAACCAGUUCAUCAUGAAAUGCUAUUCAAGAAAAUUCUAGAAUUAAAAAUGGAAUUUGAAAGCGUAGAAUUUAUUCAUGUUUACGCCAGAAAACAUGAAUACACGAAUAUAAUUGCUGAUAACCUUGCGAAAAAGGCUGUCUACACAGUCGAGCAAAAACAGCAAUACGGAAAUGAAGAUCUUAUUGUGCGACGAGUGUACGGAAUCGUUGGCCGAGCCAGGGGAGCACGCUCCAAAGGACGAGAAUGGGGUGAAGAAAGAGGAUCCACCGUAUGUAACGGUUUGUAA